CCCCGCCCGCGACCCCUACUUGCGCGGGGGCUCGCCGGCUCCGGGACCCCCAGUCUCCCGCGCGCCUGGGGAUCCUGGGCGACGCUCCCGGCGUCCGCGAUCCCCGGUCCGUCCGCUUCGGCCCACGCAAAGGGUCCGUGAGGAGGGUCUGACACCCCUUGCCCCGUGCACUAGGUCUCUAGUUGCUCCCACAGGUGGCAGAGGGGGACACGAAGGUGCUUUUCAUGUAGGAGCAUCACCUGGAACUCGAAGGGCGGCGGCAGCAUGGAGGCGCGCUUCACACGAGGGAAGUCGGCGCUGCUGGAGCGAGCCCUGGUGCGGCCCCGCACCGAGGUGAGCCUGAGCGCCUUCGCGCUGCUCUUCUCCGAGCUGGUGCAGCACUGCCAGAGCCGGGUCUUCUCCGUGGCCGAGCUGCAGGCGCGCCUGGCUGCCCUGGGCCGCCAGGUGGGCGCCCGCGUUCUGGAUGCACUGGUGGCUCGCGAGAAGGGUGCCCGGCGGGAGACCAAGGUGCUGGGCGCUCUGCUGUUCGUCAAGGGUGCGGUGUGGAAGGCGCUGUUCGGCAAGGAGGCGGACAAGCUGGAGCAGGCCAACGACGACGCCCGCACCUUCUACAUCAUCGAGCGGGAGCCGCUCAUCAACACCUACAUCUCGGUGCCCAAGGAGAACAGCACGCUCAACUGUGCCAGCUUCACGGCGGGCAUCGUGGAGGCGGUGCUCACGCACAGUGGCUUUCCCGCCAAGGUCACGGCUCACUGGCACAAGGGCACCACGCUCAUGAUCAAGUUCGAGGAGGCCGUCAUAGCCCGAGACCGGGCCCUGGAGGGCCGCUGACCCCCGGGAGAUAAAGAAUGCAGAGCCUCCUUCCCAAA